UAACUACACAAAUAUUCUUCAUUACAUAAAACCUAACAAUCUUCAGUUUCUUAUUCGGUUUAUUACAUAACUCUAGAAAGUCUAGAAAGUCAUCAAGGGUCCAUUUUCGGAUCUUCGAUUUCUCAGCAAAGCAGUGUAGUGUCAGACGCCAAGCACAUACAUGUUAGACAUCGAAGCAAGCCACAGAUCCCCGUCAGAUCUAAUACCCCUUGAUCUGGUAGCACCGAUUAUUCAUUUAAACAAUCGCUAUUGCUUUAGGUACCCGCCACUCACGUCUCUUUCCCAGCUUCGGCGCCUAAUCAUACCUCAUGGUUGCGCCAAAGGCUUGCCAUAACUGCCGAAGCCGACGCUUACGAUGUGACCGGUCUGUCCCCGUGUGCCAUAAAUGUACAAGCACCGGACAAAAAUGCCUUGGAUACGGAAAGCUGUAUAAAUGGGUUGAAAAUAAGACGCCAGGAGACGGAAUAUCCGCAAAGCCUUCGGUCUACUCCGCCUCCAAAACUCGGGAGCAUGUCAAGUCCCAACCGGACAAUCCGCUAUACGAUGACCAACGUGUGGUAUUCCCUCAAAAUAAUAGACUCUGUUCUCCCAAUUUCACAUUAUUAGAUCCGCUGUUCCAAGACCUGAACACAUCAUCACGACAUUAUCUUAAUUAUUACACCACCCGUUUCUGUCAAGAUCUCAUUAUUUAUGAUUCGCCCCGUCGUGGUGCCAAUCCAUUUAGAGAUCUAGUCCCCAUAUCUCACAAGUACCCCUUUCUUCGGGAAAUCAUCAUUGCGGCAUCCGCCUUACACUUCUGCAACGGUGCGCGAUGGCACAAAAACCCGUGGCACGCAGCCGACUCCCUAGUAGACGCCUUGCAUGCGCGGCAUAGAGCUAUUAAAUCUCUACAAAGCGUCAUAGAGCACCACAAGGCCCUGGGAGACGUCGAGAACGACGAGGCAGGUAGAGACGCACUGCUCGCUGCUGUGCUCUUCUUCGUCAACUUUUCGCUAGUUGAUUCGGGGAAGGGCGGCUGGCGAGCUCACAUGAACUUCGUCGGUACACUCCUUCGCAUGCGGACAUCCAGGCCUUCAAACACAAUAGAAUUAGGACUAAAGCUAGAAGAAGAAGACCCUUCCUCCAGUUCAGAUUUUACGGCGUAUGACGCGUUUAUAUCGCUACCAUUCGCGCAUCGUCCUGCGACGCCUUCCCAGUCCCCAAGUAUUCGUGAUUAUAUCGCUUCAGACUCUAUAGCUUAUUAUAUCUGGAGUAGUGCACUUGACUCCCUUGUAUCGCCUAGCAAUGACUUCAUAACAGUACCCUCGGCGUUUGAUGGGGAUGACAUUGAAAUAUUUCAUAUCCUCCUCCGCACCGAGGCUAACAGUUAUCAUAGCUGUCCUUCCAGUUUGCUAUACGCCAUUUAUCGAAUAUCGCAGCUGGCGAGGAAUAUUAGAUCAAACGAGACUAGUGUUUUGAAUGAGAAGCAGAUGCAGUCUUGUCUUUCGCUUUUAGAUGAGGUUCAAGCUUUUGAUGGCGACGCGUGGGCUGUUAAAGUCUGUGCGCAGAUUGCAGCAGUCGUCGGUUAUGCAGACGAGAUUGAACUGCACUAUCGAAGGCACAUCGCUGCUACUUACCGCGCUGCUGUCUUCCUAUAUAUCCUCCUAGUUGCUCCAGAACUACCACACCAAAGUUCCCACGACGAGGGGAAAAGCUUUCCCGCCCUGUCCAGUACCGCCGACCUAGCUACCACCAUUCUGCAUCAUCUUUCCUUCAUCCCAUCUCACACUCCCCUAUUUAAAUUCGCUACCUGGCCUAUAUUCCUUACCGGUGUCGAAACGGCGGACGAGUCUCGUAGGACGUGGGUAAUAGAUCGACUACGUGAUAUGAGAGGCGUCUGCCCUUGGGGGAUGCUUACGUCGACGAUGGAAACUCUGGUGGAAAUAUGGCGGAUGAGAGAUAGUUCAUUAGCGACUAGGGAAUCGACGGCAAAUGAAGCUUCAGACGGGACGCUUAUCAGCAUACCGGAUCAAAAGAUCAACGGUCACUGGCUAAUGCAAUUGCAAGGCUUCAAGAUCGAUUGCUUGAUUGUUUGAAGUCGGAUGCUUGCGCUCGGUUGUCCGAGUGCGGAGCUGGAGUUAUGACUUGUUGCCCCUUACGGAGCAUGGGUAUAGUAACUAGCCAUGGCACUGAUAUACAAGAGUCUUAUGUGUAACCGUAAGAACGUAUAGACCAAUUUAGUUCUGCUAUAUACAUUCUCACGAGCACGAUAUCAGAUACCCUCGGAGAGCUCCGUAUGCUCUUGAAUUUCGCAGCCUAACUCCUCGGCCUUUAACGUUGGAACUUAUAAGCAGCGAUCCAUACUUGACGGUGGUCUCGUAGUUACCUAGUAUUCGAUCCAUUAUUAAGAAAAAUUAACAAAAAAGUUCCCAAGCCCGUAACCCUCUCAUACUAAUUCUUAAAUCUACCUAAUAUAUGU